AUGUUCCCUUCUAACUUCAGUGCUGCUGCAGCACUGGUGAUUCUGCAGGACUGGUGUGGGUGCUUGGGUGUCAAUGUCCAGCGCUCCCUGCUUAUCCUGGGCAUCCCCGACGACUGUGGGGAAGAAGAAUUCCAGGAAGCUGUGCAGGCUGCCCUCAGGCCCCUGGGCAGGUACCGAGUGCUUGGCAGACUUUUCAGAAGGGAGAUUGGGGCAAAGGUCGCCUUGGUUGAGUUCACUGCCAAUUUAAAUCAAAGUUUGAUCCCCCAGCAAAUACCAAACAACAGGGGCCCCUGGACUGUGGUCUCCCUGCCUCGUGUCCCUGAUGUGGAGUUAGAGAGUGCCUUCAGUUUCCCUGCCCAGGCUCAGGGGCAAGCUUUGGAGAGGGCUUCAGGCAGGGCAGGAACUUCAGGUGGGGCAGGGGCUGCAGCUGGGGGAGACUUAGAGGCAGGAGCUGGGGGUGAGGCAGGAGGAAGAGCUGAGGAAGGAGCUGCAGGUGAGGCAAGAGUGUCUGAUGAGGAAGAAACAGAGGGUGAAGAAGGAGCAGGCGAAGAAGGAGGAGGGACUGCGGCUCCUGCCUCCUUCCUACAGGGGGAAGGAGUUGCAGAUGAGGAAGAGGCAGAAGAUGAAGGAGUUCCAGGGGAGCCAGAGGUUAUGUAUGAGGCAGGAGUUGUAGAUGAAGGAGGACAUUUAGAUGAGGGGCCUAUGAAUGAGGAAGAGGACAUAGUUGAGGCAGGGCCUGUAAGAGUGUAUGAUGAGGAAGGAGCUGGAGGUGAUAUGGGAAUUGCAGGUGUUAUAGGAGCUAUAGGUUGGGCAGGAGUUGCAGGUGAGGUGGGGGCUGCAGGAGAAGGAGGAGUUUUAGAGGCAGAGGCAGGUGAAGAGGGGUCUGCAGGAGAUGAGGCAUCUGGGAGUUAUGACAGCUCUUCAGGGGAUGAUGGAUAUGUGGAUGAUGGAGGAGAGGUGGAUGGAGCAGGAGCUAUGGGUGAGGAGGAUGAGGCAGGAGCUAUAGGGGAAGCAAGAACAUCAGAUGAGGAGGGAGCUGCCGGUGACAUGGGAGUCGCAGGCUUUAUAGGAGCUGUAGGAUUGGCAGGAGCUGCAGGUGAGGGUGAGGAAGGGGCCUUUGACAUGGCAGCAGGGGCACAUGGGGCUGGAGCCUGGUCCCAGCAGUGGAGCCAAGACCUGCAGCCCAUCCUGGAAAACAUGGCCUACCAGGAGCUGAGACAUUUCUCCGGGAUGGAAGAGCCUGGUUCUGGGGGUGAGUCUUUGGAGAGCUGGCUGGACCAUGCCAAUGACAUGCUGUACCUAUGGCGCCACAUAUCCGAGAGGGAGAGGAGGAGGAGGCUGGUGGAGAGCUUAGAGGGGCCUGCCCUGGAUCUCCUGUGUGAGCUUUUGGAAGAGCAUCCAGACACACCUGUGCAGGACUGCUUGGCUGCACUGGUGCAGGUAUUUGGUAACAGGGACACCAUGACAGCGUGGCUGAACUUCCUGACUUGCUCCCAGCGGCCUGAGGAGACCCUCUUUGCCUAUGUGAUGCGCCUGGAAGUUCUGCUGCAGAUGGCCUUGGAGAAGGGGGCCAUCCAGCCUGCAAUGGUAGAUCAGACCAGGGCGCGGCAGGUGCUGAUGCGGGCUCGGCCCAACCAGAUGCUGCAGAACAACCUGAGGAGGAUGCACCUGGAGAGGCGACUACCCGGCUUUGUGGGGCUGCUCAGGCUCAUUAGGGAGACUGAGGCAUGGGAGGCAGCUCUGCCUGAAAAUAUGAUGGUCCAAGAAGGGGAAGUGGUGUACUUGCAUGGUGGGGAGCUGGAUGUGGGCCAGGCUGCCCUGGUCAGUGCUGGGGUUGCUGAGCUGGCCCCUGCUGUUAGAGAGGCCUUCCCAGCCGGUGAAGAUGCUGCGCAGGUUGUUGCUGCUGCUCUUGAACAAGCUGCUGGGGCUGCUCCUGAUGAUGGUGCCCCAAAGCCAGGUCCUGACUCUGGUGAGGCCCAGGUCUUCCCUGUCAACCGGAGAGAUGAGAAUCUGUCGGGCCCUGCUGGUUCAGGCCAGGCAGGGCUUACUGAGAGCCUAGGUGUGCCUGAGAGCUUAGCCCAUGCAGGAGAGCAAGAAGUAGAUGUGCUGAAAGAAGAGUCAGAAAAUGAGGAUGGGGCAUGGGAGUCUAGUCACCCCAAAUCCUUCCUUGGUAAAUAG